GACUAACCUUGAGGUGGCUGGUUUGUGAGCCCGGCGCUUGCUUUAGUCCCGAAACGCCCUGUGGUCGCUGCGAUACUUCUAAGGGCAGGUUGCAUAAGGAAAGUCAAAACGGUCUACGGCCCGGAGGAAAAGCCCGUGACAGGACAAGGGCCUGAGCCGGGAAUGCAGGAUGGCGGCGAUGAAGAAGGAAGAGUGUGCUCUGAGUGAAGCCAUGUCCCUGGAGGGAGAUGAAUGGGAGCUGAGUAAAGAAAAUGUCCAACCCUUACGGCAGGGGCGGAGCAUAUCCACACUUCAAGGAGUAUUGGCACAGCAAGACUCUGUCCGCAACACUACCCUACAGCAGCAGAAACGGGCAUUUGAAUCUGAAAUUCGAUUUUACGCUGGAAAUGACCCUCUGGAUGUUUGGGAUAGGUAUAUUAACUGGACAGAGCAGAGCUAUCCUCAGGGAGGGAAGGAAAGUAAUAUGUCAGCAUUAUUAGAAAGAGCUAUAGAAGCACUACAAGGAGAAAAAAGAUAUUAUAAUGAUCCUCGAUUUCUCAGUCUCUGGCUUAAAUUGGGGCAUUUAUGCAAUGAGCCUUUGGAUAUGUACAGUUAUUUACACAGCCAAGGGAUUGGCAUUUCACUUGCUCAGUUCUAUAUUUCAUGGGCUGAAGAAUAUGAAGCUAGAGAAAACUUUAAGAAAGCAGAUACAAUAUUUCAGGAUGGGAUUCAGCAGAAGGCUGAGCCACUGGAAAAACUGAAGUCCCAGCACCGACAAUUCCAAGCUCGAGUGACUCGGCAAACUCUGUUGGCACUUGAAAAAGAAGAGGAGGAAGAAGUGCUUGGAGCCUCUGUACCACAACGAAGCACACUGGCUGAACUAAAAAGCAAAGGGAAAAAGAUAGCAAGAGCACCAAUCAGCCGUAUAGGAGGUGCUCUCAAGGCUUCAAACCAGGACAGAGGACUCCAAAACCCAUUUCCUCAACCCAUGCAAAGUAAUUCUAGAAUUACUGUUUUUGAUGAAAAUGCUGAUGAGGCUUCUACAGCAGAGCUGUCUAAGCCUGUAGUCCAGCCAUGGAUUGCACCCCCUGUGGCCAGUGCCAAAGAAAAUGAGCUGCAAGCAGGCCCUUGGAACACAGGCAGGCCUUUGGAGCACGGGCCUCGUGGCAGUACAGCUUCUGUUACAGCUGUACCCUCUAUACUCCCCAGCUUUACUCCAUAUGUGGAAGAGACUGCACAACAGCCAGUUAUGACACCGUGUAAAAUUGAACCCAGUAUAAACCACAUUCUAAGCACAAGAAAGCCUGGAAAAGAAGAAGGUGAUCUCCUGCAAAGAGUUCAAAGCCAUCAGCAAGAUUCUGAGGAGAAGAAAGAGAAGAUGAUGUACUGUAAGGAGAAGAUUUACGCAGGAGUGGGAGAGUUCUCCUUUGAAGAGAUCCGGGCUGAAGUUUUCCGGAAGAAAUUAAAAGAGCAGAGGGAAGUCUCUUUUUCUAUAGGUCCCAGUAUACCUUUCUCCAUUUUUGACGAGUUUCUUCUUUCAGAAAAAAAGAAUAUCAGUCCUGCAGGUCCCCCACCAGUUUUAGUCCAACGAAGACCCCUUGCAGUUCUCAAAACUUCAGAAAGCAUCACCUCAAAUGAGGACGUGUCUCCAGAUGUUUGUCUAUGCAGCUUCUUUCAUGGCCUAUUUUUAUUAUCUCUUUCUCUUAAAUCUGGGCUUAGCAUCCAUGAUCCAUAUGACUGUAAGAAGAACAAUCAAGCUUUGAACAUAGUGGACUUUUCCUACAGUGUCGACCUUAGGGUACAGCCAGAUGUCUUUACCCUCAGCGGCUUUCGGACUGUACAGAUCCUGGAAGAACAGAAGAUCCUGGCUAACUGUUCUUCUCCCUACCAGGUAGAUCUGUUUGGUAUAGCAGAUUUAGCACAUUUACUGUUGUUCAAGGAACACCUACAGGUCUCCUGGGAUGGGUCUCUCUGGAAACUUAGCCAGAAUAUUUCUGAGCUAAAAGAUGGUGAAUUGUGGAAUAAAUUCUUUGUGCGGAUUCUGAAUGCCAGUGAUGAGCCCACAGUGUCUGUUCUGAGGGAACUUGCUGCAGAAAUUAAUGGGGUGUUUGACACCACAUUCCAGAGUCACCUGAACAAAGCUUUAUGGAAGGUAGGGAAGUUAAUUGGUCCUGAGGCUUUGCUCUUCCAGCGAGAUAGGCAGUCAAGUCUCUCACAGAUUCCUGCCUAAAACCAGUGGUUCUGCUGUGGAACACUGAGCCUAUAUAUGCUAUAAAAUCUAAUUUAGGACACAUUUAAUACACUAUCAACGCUUUUCUACUUUUUGAUAGAGGUAUAUUUCUAGGUAACUGGCACUUUUUACACAGCAAUGUACCUACACUUCGCUUUGCUAACUUUAACAAAGAACUGUUUUAUUCUAAGUGGACUUCAUGUGAAUGGGUACUUUGUUGUCGUUUAACACAUUUGUCUGUACUUUUUUCCCCUUUUGUAAUUUGUGACA